AUGUUGUCACUCGUGCUUUCCGCAGAGUUAUCAGGAGUCAACCUACUCCGCCCUCAGGACACAGAGGAUAACCCUUAUUUCUACACGUUCAAGGUACAAUGUACGUCGUGUCGAGAAGUGCAUCCGAACUUUAUCAGUUUCACGCGGUUUGAACAGCAUGAAAUCCCCGGAAGUCGCGGAGAAGCCAACUUUGUGUGGAAAUGCAAGCUGUGUCAGAAAACACACUCUGCCACCGUAACAACCGGCCCGAACGCAUACGAAGCCGACGAAAAGCGCAAAGGCCAGAAAAUUAUCGAUCUCGACUGUCGGGGACUGGAGUUUGUCGAGUUUAAGCCGGAUGGCGAAUGGGAAGCCAAAGGAACCGAGUCGUCGACGCCGUUUACCGGGAUUGAUCUGUCGGAUGGGGAGUGGUAUGAUUACGAUGAGAAAGCGGGGGAUGAGGUUUCCGUUAAGGAGGUUAAUUGGGAUAUUAUGAAGGCGUAA